AAAAAAUUAAAAAAAUUUAUUGACGAAUGGUGAAAAUGAAUGUCUUGAAUGAUUGCCUCCGUUCAAUUGUGAAUGCUGAAAGGUUGUAGUUGUUAUUCUAACAUUUUUAAGAUAAGGAAGAAAGUAAGUGUUGAUUAGACCUACAUCAAAAUUGGUUGUGAAGUUCUUAUAAGUUAUGCAAAGACAUGGGUACAUUGGUGAAUUCGAAAUUGUUGAUGAUCAUAGAAGUGGCAAGAUUGUUGUUGAACUAUUGGGUAACAAAUGAAAAAAAUGUUAGGACGCAUCAAUAAAUGUGGUGUGAUCUCACCCAGAUAUGAUGUUACAUUAGGAGAAUUCGAAAGAUGGGCUAAUAACAUUCUCCCAGCAAGAUAGUUUGGUUGUGUUGUGCUCACUACUAAUGUUGGAAUUUUAACCCAUGAAGAAGCUAGAUAAAGACACAUUGGAGGCAAAAUCCUUGGAUUCUUCUAUUGAUAUCAUUAAUAAACAUAGU